UACAUGAAAUGAGCUUAUUGUUGAGAUGAUGAGAAGAUCCUAUUAUUCUGUUAUUUCUCGGAGAUAAUUAGAGAACGUUUAUGAGACCGAACGUCGGUAUCCAAAUAUACAAGAUUGCUAUAUCGUGCUUAUGCUCACCUGAGGGAGCGCUGGUGUGUAUCUUUUCAAAUUACGCCAACAUUUAAUUAGCAGCGACAAUUUUUAUAACAAAAUAUAAAUAAUAACUUAUUUCGAUAGAAGGAAUAAUUUUUUAAGGGAACUUAAAAAAGGCGUAAAUAUUUUGUAUCCCUAACCUCUACAACAUGCAAAAUCACUUCAAUAUCUGGAUUUAAUUCUUUUAAAGUUGGCAACAGCGUAGCGACUCAACGGACUGUUGAUGGUUUGAAACUUUUGACCGUAUUUUGCAGAUUCCUCCGUUACUGUUUAUUUAAUAACAUUGUUAUUACCUUUGUUUAACAGAAAUUCGUUAAAAUAGCUACUAAUACCGUAUAAUGUGCUGAUAAAACCGACUCUCCUAUUUAUUUACUACCGAUGGAUGGACUCUCCCAUGUAUUUACUACCGAAUUUUGUCACGUGCUUGAGAGUUCUGUUGAUUGUUUGUUUUUAUGGUCGACACAUCUAUCUCCUUUGCCGAAAAACCAUUACUACGCGAUGUGCAUGAUAAAAUAGAAUGUGUGAGCAUAGAGAUAUUAAAACGGAGGUAAGUGAUAAAUAAUUAGAAAUAAUAAUUAGUGUAUAUAUAUAUGUAUGUCCUAUGUUUUUUAAAAGGUUGUUGCAGAUAUAUCUUUAAUAUUAUAUUAAAUUACCUAAAGCUAAGUAAGAAAGAAAGAGAGAUAAUAAAAGAUGACAUCUGAUUACAUGACAAAUUCUGUAAACAACUCGCAAGAUUUUAUAUUGCAACUUUCUGAAGAAUCUAUUACAGAAGAUAGAUAUGAACUCCUGGGAAAUAAUAAGAAGGAGAAAGAGAAUAGUAUUAUUGUGAUUAGUGACUCUAGUUGCAGCUCAUCACCUGAGCAUUUUGAUAAAUCAAAAUGGGAGUCUCUUCCAGUUUCUAAGAGGAAAAAUAAAAAUGUAAAAUACAAAAGACUUUACAUUUCAGAAACUUCUUCGGAGGAUGAAGAAGAAAAGAUUAAUUUACCAUGGAAAUUAUCUGUUAUAUCUGAUAAAUAUUUAAAUAAGAAACAUAUAGAUAGUGUACAAGAUCAUAAAACAUUUUACAUUUCUAACGAAACUGCUAUUAUUACGAGUAGUAGUGACAUGAGCGAUGAUAGGACUCCUAAAAAACAGACAAGUAAGUUUAAUUCAAAAAAAUCUUACAGAAGUACUACAUUAACACCUAUGAGGCAAGAAAUUAGACAAUCUGAUACAGAUGCACAUAAAGAGCAUGAAAUAUAUAACGUUAGAGAAACGAAUAAAAUAAUUACGCCAAGCAGUGUUAGCUCCAGUAUUCAGAAUAAAUUGAAUCAAUUUACUAUUCGUAAUACUCCGCAACAAAAUAAUGUAGGAAGAGUCGAACUUACGAAAGAGGAUACUUGCAAAAUUUUCAAAAAUAUAAAAUCUACACAAAUAGUAUAUAAUUCUCUCAGAGAAAAAAGAGAAACUAAUAUAAUAAUUGAUGAGAGUACAGACAGAGAUGAGGAUAUAAUACAUCCAGCUAUAUCACUUCGAAAUAAUAAUGGAAUAAAUUGUCAUAAUGACAGUUUAGGUGUUAUUGAAACGACUCUUAAAGAUGAUAUUAUUUCUGACUCACAAACUAAUUCAUCAAAGUCGUGUGAUCGAGCGCAUAGCAUCAUAAUUAUUGACACACCAAAGGACGAAGAUCUUCACAGACCAUUAUCUGAAAGGAAAAAAAGACAAAUCACACAGUGGCUUAUGACAAAUCAAUCUGAUUCUCAAAGCGACAGCUCUUGCAGUAACAUACCUGCGAGCACAAAAAACAGUAUACAUUCUGGAAAUAGUAGUCUAGAAAGACUAGAAUUGAACUAUGAAACUCCAAAUAAUAGAGGGCAAAUCAACAAGGUGCAUACUAAGGAGAAGCAAACUACAAUUACUAACAGUAAGGGAGAAAUUCACCUAUUCUCGACACGACAAAACACUCUGGAUAGAUUCGUUCAAAGAUCCAAAAAUAAUAAUUCUGAGUUUUGUACACCAGAGAGACCAAUGGUUUUACCAAAAGCACAUACUGAUAAAAAGAUCUCAUCAUCGUCGUCAGUAAACAGUUCUGAGAACGUGAAUGUAAAGAAUUGUGAGGAUAUAUUAGAUAAGCUUUAUGGUAAAUCAUGGAGAAAUAAAGCUAAUGUAUUAUUACCAACAACUGAGCCACGGAAGAAAACCGCUAAAACAAUAGUUAAAGCUGUACAAACGGAACGGAAACCUAUAUUAAAGGAUAAAUAUUAUACAGUGGAUCUGGGCGAGUCCAACUCAGUAAAAAGUAAUAUCAGAUCAGAUAUAAGGCGGAAAAUUCAACAAAGAUACAAGAAACAAGAAGAUAGUUUUAUAAAUGAUUCAUUGUCGAGUGAAAAUAGCGAUAGUAUGUAUCACACUGCUUUAACAAACUUCAGAAUUUCCACGGAUAGUACGGUACCCAGAGAGAAACGUACCAAACCCAUGCCAGUGUCGGCUAUGACUAGACACAUUUUCUCGUUGUGCGAUACUGAUACUGAAGAUGAAAUAAACGAUAAAUCCAGUGAUUCCAAGAAGAGUUUGUGCAGAAAAGUACUAACAUUCAGUGACGAUGAUAGUUCCAUCACAAGCGAAUUUGAUCCUGAAGAUUACGUACCACCGAAACUUGCUCCUAAAAAAAAAACUACUAAUACGCUGCAGCCGCCUAAAGUAACAACGAAAUCUGAAUCUAUUACGACAAAUAGAUUUUUAGGACACAAAAGCUUUUUGGAAUCUUUAUCGAGUACAAUUUCAAUGAACAAAAUCCAUCCUGACGCAAGAAAAUAUAGAUUGGAUUACAAAAAUCUGAAAGAAGAAUUAUGCAAAAAAUUGUAUAAAUUGUAUAAUGAAAAAGUGUUCGACGAUAAAUUGCCACGAGAUAUACCAAUUGAAUGGAACGUCCGUAUGAGAGGUACCGCAGGAUAUUGUUACAAUAAGAAGUCUGUGAGAAGACUUUCUGGUGUCGUGAAAUCUUCAAGGAUUGUACUAGCAACAAAGAUUUUGGAUACACCAGAUAGAUUAAGAGACACUUUGAUUCAUGAAAUGUGUCAUGCUGCGGCUUGGUUAAUAAAUGAUACGUCGGACGGUCAUGGACCUUUUUGGACAGGAUGGGCUAAUAAAGCAAUGAGGACGUUCCCCGAAUUGCCACCAAUUCGUCGAUGCCACGAUUACGAAAUUAAGACCAAAUUCACGUACAGAUGCACAAGUUGUGGUUACAGUAUUGGGAGGCAUUCCAAGUCCUUAGAUAUCGAGAAGAAACGGUGUGGUUAUUGCUAUGGGAAGUUUGAAUUAUUAGUCAAUAAAACGACAAAAUCCGGCACUGUACAAGUGCAAACUUCGAAAAAAGAGCCUUCUGGUUUCGCACUCUAUGUGAAACAGAAUUACAACUCGGUAAAGAAGGAGAAAAAUAAUAUAAGGCAUGCCGAUGUGAUGAAGAUUUUAGGUCAGCAAUUUUCGGCAAUUAAGAUAGCAAAGAAAAACCCAGCUAUUGAAAAUGAUCCAGGGACACCUGGUUAAAUAAUGUAUAUACACAUAUGUGUUUUUUAGAAUUAAUAGUUAUAAGAGAAAGUAGUGCGAAUAAUUCUUAAUUCUAUAGCAUAUAGCAUUUUAGCAGAUUUUAGAGCUACCAAUUAUAUAGAUUCAGGUUUUCUUGAUUUUGUAUGUAUUUACAUUUAUUGUAAUUGCAUCAAUUUUGCAAAUAUGUGCAAUUACAGUAUAUAUAUAUAUAUACGGUA